GGACCCAUGCGGGGAGAUGGCGGCGGGCCGGGCGCUGGCCGCGCUCCUGGCCGCGCUCCUGGCCGCCUCGGCGCAGCUGCUCCCGCGGGAAGCUUCCUUUACAAUCUCUCUUCAUAAAGCGGACAACACCACAGUUACGAUUAAACUGAAACCCAGUCUUCCACCAAGCUGUCGAAUCCGCAUGAAAAAUGUCAUCGUGUCUGAACUCAGGAUAAAGCCUGGGGAGAAUGUGACUUUUACCUUCACCUGUAGUACUCCAGAGAAGUAUUUCAUCACGGAAAUUCAGAAAAGUAUUGACUGUGUGUCAGGCCCAUGUCCCUUUGGAGAUGUUCAUCUUUACCCUCCGGGGCUACCUCGCCUUAACAGGACUUACAUCUGGGACGUAAAGGCAAGUACAAAAGCUGGACUUGAACUAAAAUUUUCUACCUCCUGGCUAAGACAGAUUGAACCAGGAGAGACGUGCCCAGACUCCGUUAGCUACAACAUCAACAGCUGUAUUGAUAAGGCCACGGUCAACAUUGGCACAUUCUGCAGGAAUGGCUCCGUGUCUCGCAUCAAGCUGCUGGGAGGAGUUGUCAUGUCCCUGCACCUCCCGUGGCACUUACCUCUCACCACCUCAGGCUUCAACAUAGCCAACAGGGCUUCCAUAAAACGGUUAUCCAUCAUUGAAUCCAUUUUGAAGGGGGAAUCUUCAAUCACCCUGAUGUCCCCUAACUACCCGCUGGGCUUUCCAGAAGACGAGCUCAUGACGUGGCAGUUUGUGAUUCCUCCCAACAUGAGAGCAAGUGUGUUCUUCCACAACUACAGCCUCUCCAACUGCGAAAGGAAGGAGGAGAGGGUGGAGUACUACAUUCCCGGCUCCCCCAGCAACCCGGAGGUGUUCAAGCUGAGCGACAGCCAGCCUGCCAAUAUUGCUGGCAGUUUCAACAUGUCCCUGCAGGGCUGUGAUCAGGAUGCCCAGAACCCGGGCAUUCUUCGCCUGCUCUUCCAAGUCAUUGUUCAGCACCCGCAGGUUGAUGAGAAUGUCACCCAUUUGGUCGACCUGAGCAAGGAGAAGAACAUGACUGUGACAAUACACUUGGAAGGGUGGCCCAGCUACAUCCCUCUCAUGUCUGAACCCAUAUGCCUGAUCUGCAAGGAUCCUCGCACCUGUGACCGUGUCUUGACUUUAACCUCUGGUGCUGUCUACAAGAUCUCCUUUCUGUGCAAGGACUUGUCCCGGCUGAGGAUCACGGCUGAAAAAGGCAUAGGCUGUAUGGAUAUCCGUUGGUGUCAGAGGAGGAUCUAUUCCCUUUCAGUGCCUAAGGCUAUUACUGGAUUGCCAAUUCGACUGCAUAUGUUUAUUUGGAAGCUUUUGGCCACUGAUAUGAUCAACAUAGAAAUUACGUAUCCGUCCUUGAAACUUCAGCAACGUGUCCAAGAGCAGAGGUGCAACACGAGCUAUGGUUACAGCAUUGUUAGUGCCACCCCAGAGACAGAGCUGAAUGUUGGUGUAUUCUGUCCCGGUGGAUCUAUUGAAAAGAUUCAGAUGAGGAAUAAUAUCACGAUAUCCUUAAAAACAUUUGGUAAAGGAUUCAUCAAUGAGUCUAUCCCUCAGGAUCUGAAAAUGUCUUUUGUGCCACAUAUUAAAGAUGAGUGCAUAUUCACUGUGAGUCCAAAUCCAAAAGCUAAAGUUUACUUGCAGACUCCCAACUGGCCUCACGGUUUACCUCCUUAUGUUUCCAUAUCCUGGUUCAUCGUUGUGCCCAGCAAGCGAACUGCCCGCCUCGGGUUCUCUGAGGACCGCAUGGGUGUUGCCUGUGAGACAGGCCGUGCCUACGUCAACAUCAAGGAAGAGACUCUGGGAGCAGAGGAGAUCGUGCGCCGCGAGGACGAGCUCCUGCCCCAGCCCCGAAAUAUGCUCCACAACUUCUGGGUGAACGUCUCCAACUGUAGACCUGUGGAUAAGACACAGCUGGCCUUGCAGUUCUGGGUGACUUCUGCUGACAAGCAGAUAGACCUUGGAAUCAUAGUUGCUGUGGUGGCCGGGGCUGGAGUUCUCACAGUGAUUGGGCUGGCCGUAUGCUGUGUUAAGAAGAAGAAGAAGAAAACCCAGAAUCCCAUGGUGGGAGUGUACAAUGCUAACGUGAACACCCAGAUGCCUGGAAGAAAAGGCUUAUUCAGAAAAGGGAGGCAAAACAAUGAAUCUCAUGUCUAUGCAGUUAUUGAUGAUGCUGUGGUCUAUGGACACUUGCUGAAGGAGUCCAAUGGCUUAGUCUCUCCAGAAGUCGAUGUCUACCGGCCUUUUGAUGGACCCAUUGGUAGCUUGCCACCUUCUCCACCUCCAUUCUCCUUUAGAAAGGACAUUAAAUGCUCUUCUAACACCGAGGAGGAACCUCUGCCCCUGACAGACGCAGACCAAGACACUUACACAUUUGCUCAUCAGAAAUCAGGGCAGUCAGAGGACAGUGGAGAUGCAAAUAAAAAGGAUAAGGGAGAUACAAGCGUGCCCUUGCUGGAAAAUAAGGAACAGGAUGGUUUAGUGGAGUAAUUUUAUGCCAGGUAUAGCAGUUUCCUGUGGAAACACAGGUGUAAGGACAGUGGCCCAAGACAAAAACAUACUGAAGAAGAGUGUUAUUUUUAAAUAUGUUUUUAUCUUGUUUUGUUUCAUGUGUGUGUUUUCAGUUGUUUUUUGUCCUUUUUUUUUUUUUUAACUUCAGCUGUUGAUAGCUUUCGGUUUUAAAGUGAACACCUAGCAAACUCAGUAUCAGUCAGGACUCUCCAGGCCUGGUUGUGAAACAGGUGCCAAAGCUGUGCUUCUGCUUUCUACUAUAUGGGCAUCAGGAAAUUUAAUUCCUAACCACCAUCUUAAAACUGGACUCUGGUAGUGAGGAGAGUGUUCUGUCCAGUAUUUCCUCCUCUCACAAACCAUUAUUUGUCUGAGUGUUGGUUGGUGACUCCUAGAAGAUGCAGACUGCAUCACUGUCUCAAGGCAGCUCCAGGUUGCACAUGUCCAGGCGAUCUGCUAGUAUCUGACCAAAGGUGACCAUCCUUUCCAUCGCUUGCAGCUUGAAAAUCCAUCAGAUUUAGCAUGCCAGUGGCUGUGUGACUGUAGUGAAAGACCAUGUAUGCUUACUGGAAGAGCUCCAUGCAUGUAGUUCAGUGUGAUCACUUGAGCUUGGGCUCUUCUCCUUCAGAAGAUAAGUUAUGGGCUUUCUCUAAGUUUCAGCUGAUGUUGUUAUACUUGGAUUGCACCAUGUGAGCUUACACCAAAGACUGUUUUAUAUGCUCUUUGACAAAAACAAUUUCAAAACUCUAAACCAAUUUGUGAUUCUGUUCAGGUGCCUGUGACAUUCACAUUUUACUAAUACCUUGCACUUUUGGUUCAAGUGAGAGUUAGGAUUCAAUAAAGAUAUAAUGAUGUGGUCAUUCAGCUGUUUACCAGUGCUUUUCACUUCACCUGUUACUAAGGUUUAAAAUACAGGGUAAAGAAAAUUGUUUACAGCAGCUGAUAUCUCUGAAAUGCAAUCAAUGAAUCCAUAACAAAAGCCUAGAUGUUUUUUUAAGAAGUUUUUUUUUGGUGUAUCAGUCUGAAUUUAGCAACCAUGUUGUUAUGAUGGUGGGGACAGUUCUUGACUUCUGGCAGAACUUACACUUCAGUUGUCUAGCUGCCCCUGAAAGGUAUCUCUUGAAAUCAGGUCUCAUUUUAAGUGCUGUAGUUAGCAUGCCCCUCAGUAUCUGUGCCUUUGACUACAUGAGGGCCAGAUUCCUUGUGGGAAUGAAAUUGCCUUUUAUAUACAAACAUCUGCCUUGUUCAGGUGUACACUUUACUAAGGGUGUUUGUAAUUUUGUGUGCAGCACUAGACUCAAUGACUGGAGAAUUUCUCUCCAAAUACCUUACCGUGGCUGUUUCUGGCCUAGUGAUACACAGUGACAUGAAACUUUCAGACAGGUGUUGCACGCAAUGAUGCUAAACAUAUAAUAAUAUUUAAAAUUAAAAUGCCUUUAUUAGAAACCUUACUGUUUACAUUAAGUAAAAGUGUGGACUUCUUCCUGUGUUAACUACGCUGGCAUUGCUCAUUGACUAUUUGGUCAAGUGUGUGUAUUUAACAGUGUGUUAAUACUACUUGGAUCUCUACACAAUUCAGUAUAAUGUCAUACCUGACACAGUUUUCUGUAGCAUAUACCAAAAACACAUGCCAACUAAAAGUGCCUUUAAUUAUUUCAGGUAUUUUCCUGCUUAUUUUUAUCACUUUCAAUACAGAAAUGUGUACCCCUAGAUCUCUGGCUACUCACUGGGAUCACAUAUUUCAAAGUGUACUGGAUUGUUUUGAUGUCAUUUGAGAACAUAAAAGAUUUCUGCAAUACUGGUAUCAGCUUUUCUCAGGUAACUGAAUUGCCAAAAACAAUUUUAUCAGAGUAGUCAGUUGUGCAUUUGUCUGGUCAAUGUUCCUCACUUCUGUUUUAUUGAAUAGUCUGUAAUAGAAAUGCAAGGCUUUCUCAUCCCUCUAUCUCAACUUCUGCAGUUCCUUAGAUGAAAUGUUUAGUUCAUGUUCCUUGUAACCAACAUGAAGAAAACAUAAUGGAGGCUGGGCUUUUGUUCACAGCCUCUUGAUCCUUGAGAACAUGAUUCUUGUUGACUGAUACUUUUAUGCGUUCUGUUUUAACUCGGCUUUUCAUGUGGCAGUAUAAACCUUAGUUUACAGAUGUCCCCAGUCUAAGGUUGACUUUCACUAUGCUUAUUUGGUGUGUUUAAAGAAAGAGUUCAGGCAUAGAUUUCAGUUGUUUUACAUUAAGUUGUGAAUUAAUUUUUUAUUAUUAUUAAAUAAAUAAAUAAUAAUGCUACUGCCAACUGGAGUAACUAAUGUAUCUCCUUUUUUGUGUGUGUGUGUGAACUCAGGCUGAAGUAUUUUGGUAGCUAUGCCAUCAUCCUGGAAAAUAGAAAGGGGUUUCUAGGGAACUUGGUUUCCUGGGAGAGUAAACUGCUCACUGUGCAUGUCCUUAUUCUUGCAUAGCCAGUGAUAUGCUGUUAAUGACUGUUUUUAAAGGUAUGUGUUCAGAUCAUUGAGGAGAAGGGUUGUAAAAUAUUUGUACAUUUCAUAUAAAAAUAAACAGUUCAGUGGCUUCUCA